CAGCACUACACCCUUUCCCUGCCAAAACAGAGCUGGACCUCUCUGCCUGGGACAAAGCGCUGCAGUGUGCCCCAAAAAUGCCUGUUCCUCACCUAUGUCACUGAGUCAGACCUUGAGCUGUGAGAUAAAGGGAUCGUUAAAAGCCCUGACAUCUAAACCAUCAGAGAAAGAGAGAGAAAGGUGAAGGGAGGCAGCAGGAUGAAGUCCAAAGGGAAGGCUGUGAAACCAUCAAGGAGGACCUGGUCGGACCCGGAUCCAGAACUGGAGCCGGACACAGAAGCGGAACCAGGCUCCAGCGAGCAGGAGGGCUCGGAGGCCUCGGUUCGCAUCGGUGGCUCCUGGAGGGGCUCUCUGAGGAGCGGCGAUGGGAAGCGAAAAGGAGGAGGAGUGGGAGGAGGCCGGCGGCGCAGACAGUACGGCUCCAGCACCAAAGAACGCAGCGUCCGGCGGCUGGAGAGCAACGAGCGGGAACGCCAGCGCAUGCACAAACUCAACAACGCCUUCCAAGCGUUGCGCGAGGCCAUCCCGCACGUCAAGACUGACAAGAAGCUGUCCAAGAUCGAGACACUGACGCUGGCUAAGAAUUACAUCAAAGCUUUGACCACUAUCAUCCUGGACAUGUCGGGGGCCUGCCUGCCCGCCGGUGGGGUCCCUUCGGAGGCCAGCGCAGCCAAGCUGCUCCAGUGCUACCAGCAGCACCUGGAGGAGGAGGGGGAGGAAGGCCUCACCCAGUACCUGACCCACAUGCAGAGCUUAGGCCAGCACAGCUAGCAGUAGGACUGCGAGGUGGUUUGGAGACCAGGGGAGCCACCAGGAGGACGGUCGUGACAGGCCUGAGGAUGGAUGUAACCACAAACAAUAUCCAUUUCCUACAGUGCUCUGGGAUGUGUUCAGCGGUGUAGGAACUGGAUGCUGUUCCAGAUCAUAUACGAUAAACUUAUGAACAUAGCAAGAGGUGCACUGUCUAGAACGUCAUGCAAAACAUGGAGAGAUCUGAGGACCAUUCACAAAGACUGCAGCUUGGACAGCGGAACCGUAAUGAAAAGUGAAAAAGACUCAGAGAAGAAGGGCUCAUCUUUUGCCGCUCUCUUUUUAUUUGUCAUGGUUUAUAAGCCGGGGAAGGGACUUGUUCUCUUUUGUGUUAUCGUGUGAUCUUCUCAUGUGUUUUCUGUUGAGAAACCUGCUGAGCGUAGCCUCUAGUCAUAACUGUCACAACCAGAGACGAGCAGCAGGACGGAACAUUAAAAUGACAUCGCAAGACAGCGUGUUUGCUCAUGAUGAUCAUUUACAACCAAUGUGAGAACACGGUUUACUCUCCUCCCAUAGCUGUGUAUGUUAUUUGCUUUUGUGUGUGUGUGUGUGUGUGUGUCUUGAGGCAGAAAAUUUUUAGUGAAAAACAAAAGGAGAAGUUGUUAUCAAUAAACACAUUUAUUUAUUGACACGACUGUUUUGGUUUUUGUUUUUUUGACCAUGCACAAAUGGACCACACAGCACCGAUGUGUCGCACACUACAGUAACAUGGAGUGGUGCUCGUUAUUCACAGAUCAUACAGACAGAUCUCUGUACACUUUCAACAUUUACAAAUGUUUCCACAGAUUUAGACGCUAUAUAAGCUGCCAAUAAAAUAAAUGAAUGCCUGAAAUGAUCCCA